GGUAGUGGUAGUCGCCUCCGCCCCGCCCGCUGCGGCCUCGCCCCCUGGGUGUCAAGAGAGGCGCCGCUCGCUGCGCGGGCGCUGUUCUGCGCUGUUCCGCGCCGCUGUUCGGCCCAUCCCGAAGCGUCUUUGCGGCGCAUCUCGCGGCGCAUCUCGCAGCGCAUCUCGCGGCGCAUCUCGCAGCGCAUCUCGCGGCGCAUCUCGCAGCGCAUCUCGCGGCGUGGUAUCUUGGCGCAUCUCGCCUGUCCGAGUAGGCGACGCGGUAGGAGUGCCGCUCGUCGCGCCUCCCGCGCGAGAGGGAGCGAAGCCUCCUCUCGUCGCGCCGCUCCUCGCGCCUCGCCCAGGAGCGAGAGCGAGAGCGAGAGCGAGGGGGAGAGCGGGAGCGAGGGGGAGAGCGGGAGCGGGGGGGAGAGCGGGAGCGGGGGGGGGAGCGGGAGCGGGAGAGAGAGCGAGAGUAGCGGCGGCGAGAGCGAGAGCGAGAAUGGCGGUCGGCGGUGCGCCCAUCCUCGCCGCCCUCGCCUCCUCCACCCCCCUCACCACCCCUCUCGCCACCCCUCUCGCCACCCCUCUCGCCACCCCUCUCGCCACCCCCCUGGCCGCCGCCGCCGCCCUCGCCGCCGCCGCCGCCGCCGCCGCCGCCUGGUGUGUCGCCCUGCAGCAGCUGCUGCGCCGCGGAGCCGUGCAUCGCACUUCCGAGCCGGGCGAGGCUCUCGAGGUAGCCGCCCAUCGCCGGUGCGGGCAUCGUGCUCGGCGCCUUGCCCUGCCGUAUCCGGUCGGCGACCACAUCCGGGUGGGCUGGCGGCAGGUGGCGGUAGCGGCACGUCUCGCCUGAUCAC